UGUUUUGCGUUUAAUGACCCCGAAUCAAGGAGCAAACCUUGAGUGUGAAGUGGAGACAGCCGUAGAGCCAUCCAGUGGGAUUUUCUACACACAUGGAGCGCUUACAUGAAUGAAACAUUAAAGGAAAUUGAUGAUGUCUAUGAAAAAUAUAAGAAAGAAGAUGAUUUAAACCAGAAAAAACGCCUGCAGCAGCUUCUCCAGAGAGCAUUAAUCAAUAGUCAAGAAUUGGGAGAUGAAAAAAUUCAGAUUGUCACACAGAUGCUUGAAUUGGUGGAAAAUCGGGCAAGACAAAUGGAGCUACAUUCACAGUGUUUCCAAGAUCCUGCUGAAAGUGAACGAGCCUCUGAUAAAGCAAAGAUGGAUUCCAGCCAACCAGAAAGAUCUUCGAGAAGACCCCGCAGGCAGCGAACCAGUGAAAGCCGUGAUUUAUGUCAUAUGACAAAUGGAAUUGAAGACUGUGAUGAUCAGCCACCAAAAGAAAAGAAAUCUAAGUCAGCAAAGAAAAAGAAACGCUCUAAGGCCAAGCAGGAAAGGGAAGCUUCACCAGUUGAGUUUGCAAUAGAUCCCAAUGAACCCACAUACUGCUUAUGCAACCAAGUGUCUUAUGGGGAGAUGAUAGGAUGUGAUAAUGAACAGUGUCCAAUUGAAUGGUUCCACUUUUCAUGUGUUUCGCUUACCUAUAAACCAAAGGGGAAAUGGUAUUGCCCAAAGUGUAGGGGAGAUAAUGAGAAAACAAUGGACAAAAGUACUGAAAAGACAAAAAAGGAUAGAAGAUCGAGGUAGUGAAGGCCAUCUACAUUUUAAAGGGUUACUUGUCUUUUAUAUAACUCGUUUACUUUCAGAAAAUGUUUUAGGGUAAAUGCAUAAGACUAUGCAAUAAUUUUUAAUCAUUAGUAUUAAUGGUGUAUUAAAAGUUGUUGUACUUUGUCUGUGACCUUAAUUUUCUGCACUGAAUUACCAAAUAUUUUAAACCAGGUAGUCUUCAGAUCACCUGAUGAAAGGAGCAGGGAACAGGGAGAGGUGGAUGUGAACAUUGUAAAAACUUCACAAACCAUGCCUAUUUCAUUUUCACUUAAAACCACAAUGCUAUUUUUGGGGUAAACACAAAACUAUUGCUAGCAUUUUAGUUCUGUAAGAUUAAAAAAUUUAAAUAGUUGGAUUUCUCUGUAAACAUCAUAUAAUCUUGGGUAAUUUAAAAUAUGAACACUAUGCCAUUUAGAGCUUUUUUUUCCCUAGCCCUAUUUAUACAUACACUGUUCAUCUCUAGUCUUCCAGGAAUUCAAGGAGCUAGAGAUAAGAGUAAUUUGGAAUUCCAUGUGGAAUAAUGUGCUCUUACUAGAGUUUUUGCUGCUGUAUUUUCCUUGGUAGCAUUUUGAUACACGUAGCCCAUUUGUAAAUGCCUAGCUGCUGCUUCGUAGAUACGUUUAACCUAGUGCUUAAUAAGGAAUUGUUUUGUGUUUUGUUUCUACUGGGGUAGGUAAGAGUAGUUAAGAUACUGAAAAUGCAGCCAUUGGCUUAUGUUGGCAAACUUUGGGUUAUAUAGUAGCCCGGUUCAAGUUUGAACAGUUUAAAAAUGUGUCUUAAUAUUUUCCAUGUGAUCCACUGCCAGAAUGCUUAGCCACAGACCCAUCAGAGGAAGAGGGCAUAUACUAGUCUUUAAAUAUUGACUUUGCAUCAAACAGUUGUUUUAACUAAUUCUGCUAGUGGCUGUAAUUUAUUUCUGUCCCAAUGAGUGACUAUACAUUAUUUUAAAUAAUAGUAUAUUUACAUUCUUAACUUUCUGGUAUUGGUGCUGUUUGAUGUUUUCAUAUUUAAUGAACCAAUUUCAUUAUAACAAUGCAAUUAAUAAUGUAUUUGUAAAUUGAAUUUUCCAUGAUUCUAAUAUUUUAAGGGUAAGCAUCUUGAUGGAUAUGUGUCCAUCUGUUUGGAUAAAUUUUUGGCUUUGGGGGCAGCAGAUUGACUAAUUCUUUAAAUCUAUGUGUAACAUACUUUCUAUUCCUCAUUUCUUCCCAAUCUGAUGAUCUUGAUUCUUUUUGAUUAACAUGUGAAAAAUCCUGUCUGCUUGUUUGGAAAAAAAAUUGUUAUUUUUUCUCUUCUAGCUCUCAUGUAAUUUCACCUUGUCUGAGUGUCAGAUCAUUCAUCUGUAAAGUGAAUUGGCUUAAAUAUC